AUGUAUGUGAAAUGCUUUGAUACAGUAAUGUUUUACUAUGUUAUUUUAGUGAUUUUAGUGAAUGUCACUUUUUGUCAUUUUCAAAUUUCCUGCCGUUCUGUCCCCCUGUACGUCCCGACGCUCACAGAGCACGGAACCCAGAUGACAGAUGCCGGCAUCCGCCGGAUUACAUUGCCGGGGACACUGCAGGAGGGACAUCGCGGGAGCGCAGUGACAAGGUAAGAGAAGAACAGAUCCCGGAGCAGCGCCGCAUGGUAAGCCCGAGUGUAGCUCGGGGGUUACCGCUUUUGGUAAUGAAACUUUACCCCGAGCUACACUCGGGAAUACCGCCAGGGAGGUUAAA